UUACGAAUUGUCAAGGCAGGUUCUUCCUUAUGUUUUUAAAUCUGAGAAAUUCCAGUGACAUAUAUUCCGUUGACCACGUAUAAGACAGAAUAUCCAACCAGUAAGUCAUUUUUAAUGAAAAUAUCAUUGAACCUGUCUUCCAUAACUCUUUAUCGACUAAGAGUUUGUUUACUUGGUUUUAUGAUGCGCCAACAAAAUUUAGGAUUUAUUGCACCAAAACAGGAAAGAUUAUUUUGGGUAACCUUUGCUGUUACAAACUUGAGUUUCACCAGUGGUGAAAACCACAUAGCCUGUUGGAGCUAAGAUAUGCAUAGACAGCAAUUAUUAUAACCCAGUUUAGCCUUUCUCGAUUACACAAGGAUAGAUAGUGGCCGAAAUUCUGAUUCCCUAUCCUUUGAGGCAAUCCUUGAAACUAUUUUUGUUUUCAGAUAUGUUUGGAUCUGAUGUUAAAAGUGGUGGGAAAUGUUUUGCGUUUGAUAAUAACAACAGAGCUGGUGUUUGGCAAAAUUGUAGUCGAUCUUAUAAUAGUGUUUGCAAAACAAAAGGCGAGUAUUUUAAGUAAAGACAAUUUCAUGAUAAUUCACUUCAAGGUAAGUUAUAGUUUUAAAAUAAACACACAAUCAUCUAUUCGUAUAUGACUGAUUAAAAGCAAUGAAAAAAUAACAAAACAAAGUUUCCUGACAAUAUAUUUUGAGAUUAUCAACGCAAGUUAAUAUUAACACUUUUCAUAUGCGUUUAAAUUUGUAUUGAUGCUUAGAUGGCAGAUUCAUAAAAGCUAGCAGAAGACGAUGGGCUGAGUACAUAAAACGAUGUUUUUCAAAGAAUUGUAAUCCAAUCACAUACGAAGAUGUAAUGAAUGAAUCAUAUCAACUGUAUAGCCUUGCAACAAGCUUAGCGUGGACACAUCUUAUACGAAGCAUAGUAAUUUAUGAGUAUAAUGAGUUCAAUAGUUCAAGGAACGUGGCAUACGGUUAUUUAAAGAGACAAUAUGGAUACAUAAGUCUGUAUUUUACUCCAGACGGAAAAGCGGCUAAACAAGCCCUUUUCACCACAACUGAUGUACCAGGACAAACAAAUGAUAAAACAACAUCCAUGGCAGGUAUAUCAUCACCAACAACGACAUCGAACCAGGAGUCUGUUUUAACCGGAAGUUCAUUAUCAGCGGAGUCUACAACUGACGAGAGCAUUCCACAACAAUCGAAACACACGAUUCAAAACUCCGACGUUGGAGUGUCUGUGGGGCUGUCGGUUACUGCUGUCAUUAUUGUCGUCACAGCCGUUGUUAUAAUUGUGACCUUGAAAAGACGUGGAAAAAUUCAAACUAAAUGUUUCAGACAAGCCGAAUCUGAAUGUUCUGCAUAUAUUUCCACGGAAUUACAUCCCAGCUCUAAAAAUGAUAAAAAUGCCUACGAAAUGUCUUUAGGUUCUCCUUAUGAUCAAAUUGAUGAUUUAGGACUCCCAUCAGAACCUUGCUCUGAUAAUGAAGGAACUGAUAAUGGCAUUAGCGGACACACAUAUUUUAUCCUUGAAAAACAUACAUGGGAAUCUGAUACCGAUGAUGAUAUUGAAAAUAGGACAAAAAUAGAAACAAGCAAUGUCUAUAAUACGCUAAUCUCUAAUGAAAAAACUGGGAGCAAUGAAUCUGGAAAUACGUACGAUACUACUGAGAAAGUCGUCACGAAAUUGAAAGCUCAGCACCAUACGCAUGUAGAAGAUUCGACGGAAAACACGUAUAAUCUUACGGGUAGCAGACCAGUUAAGAUAGGCAAAACCGACAACGUAUACGGUGUUCUUAACAAUGUUGAAGGUGAAUACAAUAAUGUUGAUACAAGAAAUAUAAAGAGCCAGUUCAAUGGAAGAGACACGUACAGUCAUAUCAUGAAGAAAAAUUAAACGAUUGUUGUGUAAUACUAUGACAAAUUCAAACUUUAAUGUUGUCGAAAUAUCAUUCAAUAAUUGAGUAUCUAUUUUGUUUUGAUAUAAUUUUUGAUGAUCAAAUGGAUUCGGAUUCAAUUAAAUUAAUCGAUUGCAUGUAAUAUGUCUAAAAGUAUGUUUGCGUUUUAUGCAUUCAUUUUGCGUAUAAAUAAACUCUGGUAUGUUAAGCUUUGCUGCAGGCGCUUGAAUUUCUUAAUGUUAAUAAUUUUUAUUCAAACAAUAAAUGUUCAAUAUUCGGAUUAAAUUUUGUGUACCGUAAACAUAAUUUUAUACCUUCGAAAUGAGGUUGGAUCAUUUGGCAUUGAAAAUAUUUGAUACAAAGAAAAUAAUAGUGUAACAGUUGAAUCAAAUGUAGCAAGGACAAUAGCGAUUCGACAGUAACAAUUAAUUAUUACCUCGAAUCUUUUAUAGAUGUUUUAAGUUAAAUUGUUAUUUUUCAAUCUCUUAAAUAUCUUUAAUAUUGUUAAACGUUGUUUUAUUGAUAUUUUAUAUCUAAAAUCUUUAAAAUUGUGUUGCUUUUAUUGUAAUUUUUUCUAAAAUUGGUUGUUUCAUUAUAUAUCUUUUUAUCUCAUUAUUAUUUUGUAUUAUUACAAAUACAUGUCAUAUACAUGUAACAUCAAUAUAAUGUACAAUUCAGAUACAAGUAGUAACUGCAAUACAAUUAAACAAAACAAUUUUAAUAUACAAAUACUGCAAUAUCAUUUUGUACUUUUUAAGUGAAUUGGCUUACAAUUAAAAACAACAUAUUUAAAUGUUCAUUCUGAAUCACUUUGCAUUUUAUUUACUUCUAGCUAAGAAUAUCCAAAUGAUACAUUUCUAGUGGGAUUUUGGUUUUUAUUUUAUUGUUUUUUUUUAUUGUUUUUAAAUAUUUGAGCUGCUUACAAUAUAAUAAAAAAAAUGUGCCAAAUAUAGACCAAUCCGCUUUUAACAAUCGUAAAUUUAAUCAUAUGCAAAUAAUUGAUAAUUAUAAUUAUUUUUCACAUAGUAACUUUACCAUGAACCAAUUUGACAGUUUAUUUCCAAAAUGUUUGUAUUUUUAACAAUUGAUAAGUCUUAUUUUAAGCUUCCUUUCAGCCCAUUGAGAUUUGGAACAAUAUAUUUUCUUUUGCAUGAAUAAAUAUAUCUUUUGGCAAAAUAUGUUAUAACUUUCAAAAAUUUUCUUGGGAUUUCCAAAACUAACAGUUUUCCAAUCUAUCUCAAAGUUUACAUUGAAUGAUUUGACAUGUUCAGUAAUAUCUGCUGUUACAGUAAAUAAUUUUAUUUUAUCAUAUUCCCAAAAACAAGUGAAAUGGUGUUUCACUCUCAUCUUUACAGAAAGAACAUUUUUCAUCAGUCACAAUAUUCUUUUGUUUUUAACAAAGUAUUUGUAGCUAAAAUUCUAUGCAAAAGCCGAGUUUGAAAACAUUUCAAAUAAGUAUCAUUUGUUAGCUUAUAAAUCUAACUGUAUAGAUGUCGACACUCCAAAGGACCUUUCUUAAAACACUACACCAUGCAGCUUGGGAUGUAGGCUUUUUGUAAUGGGUGUUUACAUAGUAAUAUAGGUUUAAAUUAACAUGGUAUCAAGGGAAGGUGUGGGGAAUCGAUUUGUCACUGAUUAAUUCUGUUCUGUCUUUUACAUAGUAUUUUAUGCUUCUAAUGAGCCUUUUAAUUGUAAGAAAUUUGUAUUUAAGCCAGUUUUUCUAUCAAAUUCAUGAACCUUUUAAUUGUAAGAAAUUUGUAUUUAAGCCAGUUUUUCUAUCAAAUUCAUGAUCUGUUAUAAAAUUUCAGCUAGCGUCCAAUAUAUAUCUGACAAAUCAAAUCCCUUUUACAUACCAAUCCUUAAAGAACACUUGUCUAUGAUCUAUAAGUUGUGAUUAUAAAACAAUGGCAUACUACAGAAUUUGGCUAUACUAUCAAUUGGGAAAUUGUUUAUAAAAUCAAUGUUACAUUUAACAACAUCUUUCCAAAAAUGAUUGUUUCAGUUAUCAUGUACUAUUUCCGCAUACAAUCUUCCACGAUUGAACAUUUUUUCAGUAUGUAUAAUAACAUUAGCUUAUGCAUAACAAUUAUUCUCACCUCCUAGUAAAAGUCUUCUAACUCAAGUCAGUUUUAAAACAAUUCAUAUAUGAAUUUUCAAACCAACUACUGUAAAAUCUUUAAUAACAAUGCUAUUUUAUUCUAUAUGGACCACUCCAUAUGAAGUCAAAAUUAUUUUAUUAAUAUUAUCUAUCCAGUGACAAUGAGAUAUAAGUAUCGAUUAACAUGGACAAUAGUAUACGUCCUAAUUGUGUCAGUUCUCCCUUUUUCCAAUAUUGCAUACAUUUGGUUGUGUUAUUGUUAUUCUACAUCUUAAAUCUUAUAAAUUGUUUGUUUUAUUGUUUUUGUAUACAUAACGCUUUUAUAUAUUGUUUGUUGUAUUGUUAUUUUAUAUGUAAAAUAUACAAAAGUAUCUGCAAGCAAUUAUCAAUUCACCUAGACGCUAAAAGAAGUUAUUUAAAUUAAUAGAUGCAAACAAAUACAAUUAUAAUCGUUGGCAUUUCAAAAGACGCAAACUGUUGUUUCGCUUUGGCAUGAUUAUUGCAGCUCUGUCCAUUAUCUCUCAAGUUCAGUCAAACCGAUUCAAAAUUUGGAAAAAAUUUAAUUUAAAAACAAAGUGAUUAUGAAAUUGAAAAUAAAAUGUUUUAAUACUGGGAAUAUACAUUUACCCGAUGGUAAUACUGGCAAUCUAAGACAGACUACAAACAAUAUUGCUUUGAUCCUAUGCUGAAGCAUAUUGAAUUGACGUAACGUGUGACGCACAGUUUUCCUAAAGAAAAUCCUAUAGGCUUCUUUAUCGUAAUCUUUCAGUUACUGCACCGACGUUUUGACAUAUUGUUUUAGAUCUUUCUCUGGUGUGUUUUAUUACCUUUACAAUCUCUAUUGGAGUCUUCAUGCUCUGAUUUUAAGCUUUCAUAGUGCGUAGCCAAUCAAAUCACUGUAAGGAGUUUGGAGUUUUUUGCAAUUAAUUUUGCAUUUGAUAACUAACAUGCUAUCUAAGAGCGUCGCGGGCUUUUUGCAUAUUAAAUCAUCAGAGCUGUCCGCGCCAAUGGCAAUAGUAUUACUUAAUUUCAUAAUUUUGAUUCUGCUUAUAUGUUCCCUAGUACAAGAACUAAUUGUGAACAGUACAUAUAUUGUAAUUGAUUGAUGACCGCGUACAUAGACUGCAAUGUUUGAGAACAGUAUGUAUACAGUAUAUAUUUGUGAACAGUACAUCUACAGAAUUUUUUAACAGUACUAUAAAGUUAUUAUUUGUGAACAGUUCUUUUACUCAUUAUAUUUGUGAACAUUGCUAAUACUGUUUUAUUUGAGAACUACUGAAGAACCGUAGGGCUAUUUCAACUUCAUGAAUCUUCGAUUUCAUCUUAAUGAAUUCACAAAUAUUCAACAAUCGGAAUUCAGGAAUUCACAAAUUCAACUUCACGAUUUUAACGAAUACAACAUUUCAACUAAAUGAAUACACGAUUUCAUUUUCAGUAAUUUACGAUUUCAACUUCAAUUAUUCGCGAUUUCAACGUCAUGAAUUUACAGUUUAAACUUUAAGGAUUCAACUCCGUCAAUACACAAUUUAAACUUAAUAGAUUAACGAUUUCAACUUCAUGAAUUCACGAUUUCAACUUCACGAACUUGCGAAGUUGAAAUAUAAUAUUAAUGAAGAUGAAAGCCAGAAUUCAUGAAGUUCAAAUGUCCCUACCGGUCUUUCGUAGAGAACAGUACUUAUGCAUGGUAUACUCAACAGAACGUAUACGAUAAAUAUUUAUUAACCGUACACAUGCAUACAACGGGUAAUGGGUUGAAUUGUUCUUUUCAUAGAUUACUGACGGGUGAAGAACGACUUUCUCACUUACGAACAAAUUAAAACUUCCUUGUUUACGCUACACACAUUACUUUGUGAAUAUAACAAGACGAGUAACUGAAAUGCCUUUGUUUAAAAUGUCACUUCAAACGUGUGCUUCUUUUUUGUUUAUAUGGACUACUAUCUUUCUUCAAGGUAAAUAAUUUGAUUUACUAUUGAAUUGUAAUUAUUUCUUAUAAUGAGGAGACCUUUUCUGACUUCUAACACCAUUUGACAUUUGCCAUUGACCUACCUUUAUUUACAUAGUAAAAUUUAAACGUAUUAAGAUCAGAUUUUAAUUCAGCAUUUCUAACAUACCAUGAAUCAAAUACGUUUUUCCUCUGAAUAUUCGAACUUUCAAAUUAAUAACAAAAAUUAAAACAGAAAGUACUUUAACUAUUGAAAAUAUUCUAGAUACUUUGAGGUGUAUUAUUUAUUUCUUGAGCUCAUAUUUUACGAUAAAUGUACUCAAUUAAUACUUUUAAAGGUAACACGCGUCAAUGCAAAUGUUUAAUGAAAAAUUAAAUGGUAUAAAGCCAUAUAUUUGAUACUUAAGAUCACAGUUCACAUAUUUUGCUUUAUAUUUGGGGAAAAAAAAUGACAAAUGUUGGUGUAUUUCCUAUCGAGCGCAUGCAUAAAAUCGUUCUUAAAAGGUAAAACCCUUAAGAUCAAAUUAUUUUGUUCCGAAACAUUUCAUUCUGUUUAUGUGCAGUAAAAAAAGUU